AUGAGAUCAUUACCACCUCCAAGAAUAACUAGAGCUAGAAGAUGGAAACGCAUCAAGCGUGCCUUGAAAAAUUUGGCCACCAAGGGCUACAUCUCUGAUUACGGUGUUUUCCACAGAAGAGCACUAUACUCCCGUCAUUUGUAUUCAAUAACAAAAGUUCAUAAACUGUCAAUAUUGUCUAGAAUGAAAAAGAGAAAGACUGACUUGCAGGUUUUCCAAACAGCCAAUUCGGGUUUGAGGUUAAUUAGACAACUCAGUAAGUUCUUGGCAAAAAUUUCGAUUCCCGGAUUGAAGGAAGACUUGCCUGGCACUCGGAGAGGUAAGAUGAGAUUGUCCUUGAAGAUGUGA